CAGGGGCUUUGGGAUGGUUCCUGGUGGAUCUCAGGGGGUUCCUCUGAAGUUUCUUGGAGGUUUUUUGGGGUUUUCUCGAGCUCCUGAGGUUGUUUUAGGAGAUGUCCCCAACAUCCCUGCCCCGGUGUCCCCUCAGGUGAUCGCGGUGGUGGGACAGCAGAACGUGGAGGGCAAACGGAUCCCGUUUGGCUUCAAGCACCGGACGCUGCCGCACUUCAUCAAGGACGACUACGGCCCCGAGAGCCGCGGCUUCGUGGAGAACUCCUACCUGGCCGGCCUCACCCCCACCGAGUUCUUCUUCCACGCCAUGGGUGGCCGUGAGGGCCUCAUCGACACCGCCGUGAAGACGGCCGAGACCGGGUACAUCCAGCGGCGGCUGAUCAAGUCCAUGGAGUCGGUGAUGGUGAAGUACGACGCCACGGUCAGGAACUCCAUCAACCAGGUGGUGCAGCUGCGCUACGGCGAGGACGGGCUGGCCGGGGAGAGCGUGGAGUUCCAGAACCUGGCCACCCUCAAACCCUCCAACAAGGCCUUCGAGAAGAAGUUCAAGUUUGACUACACCAACGAGCGGGCGCUGCGCCGGACGCUGCAGGAGGAGCUGGUCAAGGACAUCCUGUCCAACGCCCACAUCCAGAACGAGCUGGAGCGCGAGUUCGAGCGCAUGCGCGAGGACAGGGAGGUGCUCAGGGUCAUCUUCCCCACCGGGGACAGCAAGGUGGUGCUCCCCUGUAACCUGCUCCGCAUGAUCUGGAACGCUCAGAAGAUUUUCCACAUCAACUCCCGGCUGCCCUCGGACCUUCACCCGGUCAAGGUGGUGGAGGGGGUGAAGGAGCUGAGCCGGAAGCUGGUGAUCGUUAACGGGGAGGACCCUCUGAGCCGCCAGGCGCAGGAGAACGCGACGCUGCUCUUCAACAUCCACCUGCGCUCCACCCUCUGCAGCCGCCGCAUGGUGGAGGAGUUCCGGCUCAGCGGGGAGGCCUUCGACUGGCUGCUGGGGGAGAUCGAGUCCAAGUUCAACCAGGCCAUCGUGAGUGUCUGGGGUCACCUUUGGGGUCACACCUGGGGUUUGGGGUCACACCUGGAGGUGCCUGGGUUCAGCUGCUGGGGGAGAUCGAGUCCAAGUUCAACCAGGCCAUC